AUGAGCUGGGCUCUGAAUCCGGACUGGAGUGAAUUUUAUGUCGGCAGCAAAGAAAUAUGGGAGUAUUUCAACAAUGCGGCCCAGAAAUUUGGACUCAACCGAUACAUUAAACUUCGACAUAGGGUGGUGGGAGCGGUGUGGGAAGAGACUCGGGGAGUCUGGUUGGUCGAUGUCGUGGACGAAGCCACUGGAACUAAGUUUACUGAUUGGUGUCACUUUCUCGUCAAUGGCACCGGCUUCUUGAACCAUUGGAGGUGGCCGGACAUUCCUGGCCUCGACUCAUUCAAAGGAACAAAGCUCCAUUCAGCAGCCUGGGAUGAAAGCGUGGUGCUCAAGGGAAAACGCGUUGCUGUCAUCGGCAAUGGUUCGUCUGGCAUACAGAUUGUGACAGCGAUCCAGCCUGAGGUCAAGGCUCUGUCUGUUUUCAUUCGCAGCCCUUCUUGGGUAUCAACUUCUUUUGCCCAGGAUUUUGCAGGUCCAAAUGGGACCAACUUCUCGUACACGGACGAACAGAAGCAGACCUUUCGGAGUGAUAUGCAACGCCUGCAGUCGUAUCGAAAAGCUAUUGAAACAAACAUGAAUUCUAACCAUAAGGUGGCGCAUACCAACUCUCCUGAACAACAAAUUGCUGUUCAAUAUCUCACCAAGAUCAUGAAAUCCCGUAUUGGGGAGAACCAUCCGCUGGCGGACCGAUUAAUCCCGGACUUCGGUGUUGGUUGUAGGCGCCCAACCCCAGGUGUUGGCUAUCUGGAAGCGUUAGUGGCAUCCAACAACCGAAUCUUUUUCGACCCUAUUGCCGAAGUAGUCGAAGAUGGCAUCAAGCUCAACACCGGGGAGUCGAUCGAGGUCGACAUCAUCGUCUGUGCCACAGGCUUCGACGUGUCGUGGAAGCCUCGUUUCCCAGUCAUUGGUCGUGGUGGUAUUGACUUAUCAGAUCAAUGGAAGGACCGACCACUCAGCUACCUCUCGUUCGCGGUGCCGAAUUUCCCAAACUUCUUUAUCUAUUUGGGUCCUAACUCUCCACUAUCUCACGGAUCCGCACUCCCAAGCAUCGAGCACUUAACCAAGUAUCUCAUUCGAUUACUCCACAAGAUUCAAAUAGAGCGGUAUAAAGCAGUCGAACCAAAACUGCAGGCCAUGCACGAUUUCAUUGAGCAUGCAGACGCUUACUUGAAGCGAACUGUUUGGAGCACCAAGUGUCGCUCGUGGUUGAAGGGCGGCAAAGAUGAUGGUCCACCGUUGGUCCAUCCUGGGAGCCGUGUUCAUUGGUUCCACAUGUUGAUGGAACCACGGUGGGAGGACUGGGAGUGGACAUCGCGUUCCACGAACCGAUUCGCGUAUCUGGGUAAUGGAUUCUCGAGUCUGGAAGAGGAGGGACGAGAUAAAGCUUGGUAUAUAGAUGAGGAUGAGGGCAAGGGAUAUGAAGCUGUGAUAUAUUAA